CAUCCCCCUCCUCCCUGUGCAGAGCUGAAGGAGGCGUUCGGGGAGUUUGAUAAGGAUAAAGAUGGCUACAUCAGCUGUAAGGAACUGGGAGAGUGCAUGAGGACUAUGGGGUACAUGCCCACAGAGAUGGAGCUCAUCGAACUCAGCCAGAACAUCUGUGGCGGCAGAGUGGACUUUGAGGACUUUGUGGAGCUGAUGGGUCCUAAAAUGUUGGCAGAGACAGCAGACAUGAUUGGAGUGAAGGAGCUCAGGGAUGCUUUCAAAGAAUUUGACUCUAACGGGGAUGGUCAGAUAAGCCUGGCUGAACUGAAGGAGGCCAUGAAAAAGCUGGUGGGGGAGCAGCUCAACCAACCAGAGAUCGACGAGAUCCUCCGAGAUGUCGACCUCAACGGGGACGGCUUGCUCGACUUUGAGGGUGAGGGGAGAGUGUGGGAUGAGGGGGAGAAGGUGAGGGGAGAGUGGGAGGAGAAAAGGAGACGAUUUGGUGAACUUGAAAGGGGAGAGAGGAGUUUGUCAGGAUGA